AGCUAGUAUCAACAUGAAAGCUGCUAAAUUGCUGCUUCUUGCUGCACUGGUGGCUGCCCUGGCAGCCAGCAGCUCUGCUGGCUUAUUAGAUAACUUUCUGCCUUCAAUAAUUUCGGAAUAUUAUUCUCAUGUGCCCAACAAGGAGGGCUACCGCUUUAUGAUCGAUGAGCCCAAUGGCAGCAAACGUGAGGAAAUUGGCGUUGUUAUGAAUCCAGGCACAGCUGAUGAGCAGCUGGUUGUCAUGGGCACAUAUUCCUCGGUGGAUGACAAGACUGAUAUAGAAACCAUUACCAUGUACACUGCAGACAAGAAUGGCUAUAAGACACGCUUUCAGAUCAAAAACCGUAAGCUUAGUGCCAAGGCUUUGAAAUCUGGCGCAAAUGGUUAACAUUAUGUGUCUCAAGCAAGAGAUGAGCUCAAACGGCGCAGAUUUUCUUCUGUUUCACUUAAUUGUCAUUAUCUUUAUAUUAUCAAGUGACAUAGAUGUUGUAA